AAUGUCAGAAGAUCCAAAUGAGAAAUGGAAGAAAAUUCUUUUAAAUCCUUAUGGAAAAAGUAAAGAUGAUGUUUAGAAUGAAAUAAGAGCUAUGCAUAAAGAAUAACAAAUGAUUGAUGAAGCAAUCACUAGAGAAGCUUUAUUAUAAACAAUUAAAGCAAAAAAGACAUAUCGAAAUUUAACAAAUCCUAAUACAAAUGCUGAUAAAUCUAAAUUAGUACCAGUUGAUGGUGAUUUAAAAUAAGGAGCAAAAGUAUUUAUGCGUGCAUGUGCUUCUUGUCAUUCUUUAGAAAUAUUUACAGGAAAACCAUAUGCAGCUGAUUUUUCAUUUUAAGAAUCUAGUGGACCAUCUUUAGCUUAAAUUUAUAAUAAACCAGCAGCUAGUUAGAGAGUAUAUGAAGAAUAUACAAUGGCUUUAUUGGAUUCAAAAAUAUUUUGGAAUAGUUAUAAUCUAUUUAUGUGGUCUAAAGAUCCAUAAGCUAUGUGUAAGGGAACAAAAUGUUUAUAAAGAGGAGAAUUAUUAGAGAGUGCAGAAGAAAGGUAUAAAAUAAUAUUAAUAAUAUGUAGAGCUGAUUUAGUAAAGUUUUUAAAAGGGUUUGCAAAAGCAACUUCAGAUUUAUAUAGAAGAUCAUUCACAAAAUAUCAUGGAUAUGAAUGGUAAAAUUAUAGAGAAUAAGGAUUGGUUAAAGCAAGAGAAGUUGCUCAUUAAAGAUAAGGAUAUGAACCAGAAAAGAAAUGAU